AUGAGUUCAGAGGCAAAUACACAGGCGUCGACGGAGAACAGGAAACGGCGAACCGACACGAACCCACCAAAGACGCUGAGGGAGCGUUUCUUGCACUCCUUACCCUACUACACGGGGCCCUAUGGCGUGGGAUUCCUCGAGAUCGAGGCGCCGGUCCGCCAGCCGCGCACCUUUUCGGAACUCAGGCGCGACAACGUCCCGCUGCUGAGGCUUGAUACCGUCCUCUUCGCCGUCUAUUACCCAUGCACCGUCAAGACCCAGACGGACGAUCACGCCGCUCCCGAUCGCCACGGCAAGAACGACAGCAAAAAGGCCGCUGGUGGCGUCAAGAAGACGAAGCUCUCACGGGUCGGAUGGCUCCCUCGCCCGCGUGUCCUCACUUGUAAGGGCUACGCCAAGGAGUUCAGCGUCCCGCAUCUCCCGGUCACGGCCUACAUCGCCGCCACCUCCAUGUUCACCAAGCUCCCUGCGCUGAGGAACGCAAAAUUGGCGGAGCAUUGGCCGGAAGAAAUGCUGGGCGACGAAGGCCCGACAGGUCAGACGGCGAGGAACGAGGAGUCUAGCUCGCAAAAGAAGCCGAAAUUCCCAGUCAUCAUCUUCAGCCACGGCUUGGGAGGCUCGAGGAUGAGUUACAGCUCCAUCUGCGGAGAGUUGGCGAGUUACGGCUUCAUUGUUGUGGCAGUCGAGCACAGGGAUGGCAGCGGUGCGAGGACCUACGUCAACCUCCCGGAACAUCGAGAGGUGUCCGACAGUGAAUCUUCCCUAGAGACCUUCAACGCCAAGAAGAUCAAGAACAAAAAGAGAGGAAAAGAGUCUGGACAACACUACUGCGUCGACUAUCUCUUCCCCAAGAACAACGAACAGGACACGGCACCGAACAACGAACGCGGCGUUGACAUGCAACUGCGCGCUGCGCAAAUUGAAAUGAGAAUGACAGAAAUUGAGGAGGCCUUCCGCAUCCUCGGAUACAUCGACAGCGGCCGAGGGCACGAAGUUGAAGCCAUGAAUCUGAGAAGGAAGGGCAAUGUGGCAUCCAGCUCUCAGGGCCUCACAGGCAUCGUGUGGGAGGACUGGAAGGACAGGAUGUUCCUCGACAACGUGACGAUCAUGGGCCACUCGUUUGGCGGAGCAACGACGGUCGAAGCUUUGAGGACCGAAUCGCUCAGCUGGAUUGGUCAAGGCAUCAUUCUCGACGCUUGGGGCCCGGCGACGCCUCGAGCAGGAGAGAACCCCAGUCACCGCGUCAAAAAGCCGUUGCUUUCGAUUGGAUCGGAGGCGUUUAUGCAUUGGCAAGAAAACUUUGACAGACUUGUCGACAUCUGCAAUGAAGCGAGGGGCGAGAACGCACUUACCUGGAUGAUGACUAUCCGGGGAUCGACCCAUCUCUCCCAGACAGAUUUCGCUGUCUUGUACUCAACUUGGACAGACUUGUUCAUGAAGACGUUGGUGAAUCCUUUGAGAGCCAUCUAUCUCACGAUAUCACCGUCGCUCGAGUUUUUAAAGAUCACGCUACCUCCAGAGCAAACAAAGUACAACACCUGGGUGGACGAAGAGAUCUUGAAAACGACGGAGCCACCAACAACACCGCUUGCUGUGGUGACGCACGAUCACCGACCGGACGACCAAUGGAUUGCAGUCCGGCUCAAGGUAGACAACGAAGCGACUCUGCGGUUGAAGAGAUGGUUCCGACACAAGAAUCGAGUUUUGAUGGGGAAAGGCGAUGGAUCGGGCAUGCCUUCGGGGCUGAUCAACUGGGAAAGAGGCAAUGAGGUUUGGAUGCACGUGAGCCCGGACCCAGAGUCCGUGGAAGAGCAGAUGCAAAGGAACGAGCGGACGACGAGCUGUAAUGCAGCGUAG